AUGGCCAGGACUUUGAGUCCCCUUCCGACCCCCUGGCUUCUGGCGUGCUUGCAAAUGCUUUUGGGACUCAGAGUGACGCCUCCAGCCUGGGCCUUGAAUCUGGACCCAGGACGACUUACCGUCUAUACGGGCCCCAAUGGCAGCCACUUUGGGUUUGCACUGGACUUCAACAAGGACAGCCAUGGGAGCGUGACCAUAGUGGUGGGCGCCCCGAGGAUGUUGGGCCGCAACCAGGAGGAGAUGGGCGGCGUGUUCCUGUGCCCUUGGAGGGCAGAGGGCGACAAGUGCACGCUGCUACCCUUCGACCUAAAUGAUGAGACCCGGAAAGUCGGCUCCCAAACUUUCCAAACCUUCAAGGCCCAGCAAGGACUGGGGGCGACGAUCGCUAGCUGGAGAGACAACGUCGUGGCCUGCGCUCCCUGGCAGCACUGGAACGUACUAGACAGGGCCGAAGAAGCCGAGAAGACGCCCGUGGGAGGCUGCUUCGUGGCGCAGCUCCGGAACAGCAGCCGCGCCGAGUACUCGCCCUGUCGAGCCAACACCAUGAGCCGGGUUUACGUGAAAAACGAAUUCAGCGGAGACAAGCGCUACUGCGAAGCCGGCUUCAGCGCGGUGGUCACUCAGGCUGGAGAGCUGGUGCUCGGGGCCCCCGGCGGUUAUUUUUUCUUAGGUCUUCUGACGCGUGUCCCACUUGCCAACGUCGUCUCGAGUUACCGCCCGGGCACCCUGUUGUGGCACGUGCCCAAUCAACGCUUCACCUACGACUCCAGCAACCCGGAGCACUUCGACGGCUACCGGGGGUACUCGGUGGCCGUGGGCGAGUUUGACGGGGAUCCCAGCACGACAGAGUAUGUCUUCGGCGCCCCCACCUGGAGGUGGACGCGAGGAGCGGUGGAGAUUUUCAGCACCUACUUCCAGUCUCUGCACCGGCUUCGCGGAGAGCAGAUGGCUUCGUACUUCGGGCACUCGGUGGCUGUCACUGAUGUCAACGGGGACGGGAGGGACGACCUGCUGGUGGGCGCGCCCCUGUACAUGGAGAGCCGCGCUGGCCGCAAGCUGGCCGAGGUGGGGCGCGUGUACUUGUUCCUGCAGCCUCGGGGGGCCCAAGCGCUCGGCGCCCCCAGCCUCCUGCUGACCGGCACGCAGCUCUACGGCCGGUUUGGUUCGGCAAUUGCACCCCUGGGCGACCUCAACCGGGACGGCUACAACGAUGUCGCUGUGGGGGCGCCCUAUGGGGGUCUCAGCGGUCAGGGCCAAGUGCUGGUGUAUCUUGGCGGGAGUGAGGGACUUAGCUCCCGGCCCUCCCAGGUCCUGGACAGCCCCUUUUCCACGAAUUCUGCCUUCGGCUUCUCCCUGCGUGGUGCUGUGGACAUUGAUGACAAUGGAUAUCCAGACCUGCUAGUGGGAGCUUACGGUGACAGCAAGGUGGCUGUGUACAGGGCUCAGCCGGUAGUGACAGCUGCCCUCCAGCUGCUGGUACAAGACUCACUGAACCCCACUGUCAAGAACUGCGUCUUGAGCCAGACCAACACCCCAGUGAGCUGCUUCAACGUGCAGAUGUGUGUGGGCAUCAGCGGGCACAACAUGCCUCCCCAGCUGCGCCUCAAAGCUGAACUGCAGCUGGACCGGCAGAAACCCCGCCAGGGCCGCCGCGUGCUGCUGCUCAGCUCACAGCAGGCAGGCACCACGCUGGUCCUGAACCUGGGCAGGAUGAACAGCCGUGUGUGCCACUCUGUCACUGCCUUCCUCCGGGAUGAGGCCGACUUCCGGGACAAGCUGAGCCCCAUCGUGCUGAGCUUCAAUGUGUCCCUGCACCCUGAGAAGGAUGGACAGGCCCCCGCGCUGGUGCUACAUGGGGACACCCAUGUCCAGGAGCAGACCCGGAUCAUCCUGGACUGCGGCGACGAUGACGUCUGUGUGCCCCAGCUUGAGGUCACGGCCAACGUGGCAACAGGCUCCCCGCUCCUGAUCGGGGCUGACAACGUGCUGGAGCUGCAGGUGCAGGCAGCCAACGAGGGCGAGGGGGCCUACGAGGCAGAACUGGCCAUGCACCUGCCCCCGGGUGCCCACUACAUGCGGGCCCUCAGCAAUAUGGAGGGCCUCGAGAGGCUCAUCUGUAACCAGAAGAAGGAGAAUGAGACCAAGGUUGUGCUGUGUGAGCUGGGCAACCCCAUGAGGAAAAAUGCCCAGGUAGGCAUCAUGAUGCUGGUGAGUGUGGGUCACCUGGAAGAGGCCGGGGAGCACGUGUCCUUCCGGCUGCAGAUCAGGAGCAAGAACAGCCAGAACCCCAACAGCGCUGUGGAGCUGCUGGAGGUGCCCGUCCGGGCAGGCGCCCGCUUGGAGCUGCGAGGAAACUCCUUCCCAGCCUCGCUGGUGGUGGCCGCGGAAGAAGGCAGCAGCAGCGACAACAGCUCUGACAGCUGGGGCCCCAAAGUGGAGCACACUUACGAGCUGUAUAACAAUGGCCCUGGGUCUGUAAGUGGCCUCCACUUAGAACUCCAGCUCCCCGGCCAGUCAGGGCCCUCCGACCUGCUCUACAUCCUCAACGUACAGCCGCACGGGGGGCUGCAGUGCUCCCCACAGCCUUCUCCCAAUCCCCUGAAGCUCGACUGGAGGCUGCCCACCCCCAGCCCUUCCCCCGUGCCCUCGGCCCAUCACAAGCGGGACCGCAGGAGCUUGCUUCAGGCCAAGCAGCCUUCGAGGCUUCAGGACCCUGUGCUGGUGAGCUGCGACUCGGUGGCGCCCUGUACGGUGGUGCAAUGUGAGCUGCAGGAGAUGGCACGAGGGCAGCGAGCCAUGGUCACGGUGCUGGCCUUGCUGUGGCUACCCAGUUUCCGGCAGAAGCCCCUAGAUCAGUUUGUGCUGCAGUCGCGUGCUUGGUUCAACGUGUCCUCCCUGCCCUACUCAGUGCCGGCUCUCAGCCUGCCCAGUGGGCAUGCUCGGGUCGAGACACAGCUGCUGCGGGUUCUGGAGGAGAGGGACAUCCCCAUCUGGUGGGUGCUGGUCGGCGGGCUGGGCGGUCUGCUGCUCCUCACGCUCCUCAUCCUCGCCAUGUGGAAGCUCGGUUUCUUCAAGCGUAACCGGCCACCCCUGGAAGAAGAUGAUGACGACGAGGAGUAAGGGUGUGACACGACACCCAGGAAGGGUGUUCUGUUCCUGCUUCUCCAAUGAGUGCCCCCCAAUAACUCUGCUCGCC